UAUAUCUUUAAAAAUGGAGGCCCCAUGGACAAUCAUUCUUUUGAUGUAUGCUACCCCGUUGUUGUUGGUCGAAGCAGGGUACUUCAAUGGCGGACCAGGAUUGAACGAACUUGCUAUUUCUUCAGAAAUUGCGCCUACAAGGGCCUGCUCUGUGAUCGGAAAUAUAGACACCUUAUUGCAGUGUUUUGCAGGGUGUAUGAAGAAGUUUCGACAUUUCUACAUGUUCGGCAGAAAUUCAGCGACUCUCACGUGCUUCUGUUGUAAGGACCCUCCUCAAUUGCCACUUCCAGGAACCGUAUUUAAUACUUACAUAGCACCUCCAUGUCCAUUAAGUUAUUCCGAAUACACUUACGGGUAUUUGAAUAUUUGCCUCCGUUUUGUCUCGAAUUUGACGACGUAUCCAAUGGCAUCAUCCGUUUGUCAGCAAGAUGGCGGGGAUCUUGUUAGAUUGGAUUCACAGAGAAAGUUCGACAUUUUUCAAGAGUUUGUAGCUAACUCAACAAAUGCGACCGUGGCAGUAUGGGUGCAGGGGAUCUGGGACAACUCUACCUGGUUUUAUCAUGACGGAACUCCUCUGGAAUUUACGUGCAUGUUAGGUGAAAGCAAUGACACAAGCGAGGCGAGGAUGGUAGCAAAGAGUGGAAACCAUUCGGGAUGUUUCGGUGCACAGUAUGGGAUGCUGAAUAUGUUUGUUUGUGAAAUUUAUAGGGUCUUCAGUGGAUUUUAGAUUUGAAAGCUUUAUUUUCGAGUAUAUACUUUUUAUCCACUGCAAAAUAAACCCGUGUUAUUAGUCCAAUACCGGUUUUCACCGGAGGGGACUAUUAUAGCUUUCCUCUACGUCCUUCAGUCCGUCUGUCAGUCCGUCCGUCCGUCCAUCUGUCUGUCCGUCUUUCCUUCCGUCUGUCUGUCCCACUUCAGUUUUCCACACUUUUUUGCUUUAUGCGUUUGAGGAAUAACAUGAAAUUUGCUGAACAACUUCAAAAUGUCAAACUACAAAUCAAGUUUACACUUUUGUAGCGUCUGGUUGACAUAUUUUCGAGAAAAUAAAUUUUUUAUAUUCCAAAUUUUUAAUAUUCGGGUUUGAUAUUCUGCAUAACAGUGCAUUGUUUUCACAAUUUCCACAAACGGUAGGGGACGUGUAUUGCUUAUGCAAUACUCUCAGAAUGCUUGUUAGUCCCCUACCGGUUUUCAUUUGAUUGUGAGUUACGUUUAAAUUUUGUACAAAUUGACAUAUUUUAACUAAUUAAUGGGCCUUAUUAUCUAAUUUUAAUAGUAGAAAAAUAUAUUAUAAGGAAUAAAUUUAAUUUCUACCUAUGUUAUAUAUAUACGAGUAUAACAUUACUUGGAACAGUUUACGCUUUUUUAGAGCACCUGAGCCAAAGGCUUAAGUGAUCUUUUCUGAUCACAAUUUGUCCGUUGUCUGUCAUCGUUGGCGUCGUCGUCGUUGUCGUCGUCGUUGUUGUAAACUUUUCACAUUUUCAUCUUCUCCUCAAGAACCACUGGGCCAAUUUCAACCAAACUUGCCAUAAAGUAUCCUUAGGUGAAGGGGAUUCAGGUUUGUUCAAAUGAGGAGCCACGCCAUCUUUCAAGUGGAGAUAAUUAGGAACUAGUGAAAAAGUAAUGGUGUAUUUUAAAAAUCUUCCUCUCUAGAACCAGUUGGCCA